AUGGUCCAUUACAAGCUCACCUACUUUGAUGCUCGUGGAGCGGCAGAGGUUAUCCGUCAGAUAUUUGCCCUUGCCGACCAAGAAUUCGAGGAUGUCCGAAUUCCACGGGAAGAUUGGCCAAGUCAUAAAUCAGAGAUGCCAUUUGGUCAAAUGCCUGUCCUUGAAAUUGACGGCCAACAACUUGCACAGUCUUUCGCCAUCGCCCGAUUCCUUGCAAAGAAGUUUGGGCUUACUCCCAAAUGUCCUUUCGAGGAGGCACUCGUCGACUCAAUUAUGGACCAGUUUAAGGAUUUCGGAAGCGAAGCUCGUCCGGUAUACAUGGUCCUUGCAGGAUUAGCAGAAGGAGAUAUAGUAAGUCUAAGGAACAAAGUCAUUCUGUAG